GAUAUGGCGUCUUCACAAGACGCUUGGUACUUAUCGUUGUUGGGAUUAGCGGAAAAUUUCAGAACUUCUAGUCCUCCUAACAUUAAGUUAUGCAUUCAGUGUUUGCAAGCUGUGUUUAAUUUUAAACCACCUCCACGAGUUGAAGCGCGGACUCACCUUCAAUUAGGAAAUAUUUUACUGACACAUACUAAGAACAUUGAUUUAGCGAGAACUCAUUUAGAACAAGCGUGGCUGUUAUCUCAGAUGAUUAAUACUUUUGACGAUGUGAAAUUUGAAGCUGCAAGUGUGUUAGCAGAGUUAUAUGAACAAUUACAACAAUCAAAUUUAUCAAAACCCAUCCUUAGGAAAGCCAUAGAGCUAUCGCAGCAUAGUGUGUACUGGCACUGUAGACUGAUAUUUCAACUAGCGCAAAUUCAUGCAAGCGAACGUGACUAUGAGGUGGCAAGCAGCCUUUUGGGAGUCGGCGUGGAUUACGCUCAUAUAUCAUCGGCAGCAUAUACGAGAGUACUGUUUCUCUUAAGCAGGGGAAUGCUGCUGUUGAUUGACAAGAAGUUUAAUGAGGUAAAUCCGUUACUCAAUCAAGCUGGUCAUCUGGUGGAUCAGUGGCAAGGGAGUCAGCAUCAAAAGGAGUACUUAAAAGUCUUCUUUUUAGUGUUGCAGGUUUGUCAUUACUUGAUGGCUGGGCAAGUGAAAAGUGUUAAACCGUGCUUAAAGCAAUUGCAGCAGAGCAUUCAGACAAUCAUGCAACCUAGUUGGCCAUCUGAUGAAGUGGUCAGUGGUCCAAAUGUUGGUGAUAUGUUUAUUUGGAUGCCGAAAGAGCACUUGUAUGUGUUGGUCUACUUAGUCACUGUAAUGCACAGUAUGCAGGCGGGCUACAUGGACAAGGCACAGAAAUAUACAGACAAGGCUCUGAUGCAGAUUGAAAAACUGAAGAUCGUAGACAACAAACCGAUCCUCUCAGUCUUCCAGAUAAUGCUGUUGGAGCACAUUGCGAUGUGCCGACUGGUGAUGGGAAACAAGUGUCUAGCUUUGCAAGAAAUUGCACAGGCGUGUAUGCUCUGCCAGCAGCAACCACGGCUGCUACAGACCCACAGCUCACAGAUGCAUACGUUGCUUGGCCUUUAUUCAAUGAGCAUGAACUGUUUGGAACAGGCUGAGGAUCAGUUUAUGGCUGCACUCAAGGUUAAGUCUGGGACCAACAGCAGUAGUGAUGCUGCAACGCCGCCUCAGACAUCUCAGGACCGCGAGCUAUGGACUUUCGCGAAUUUAAACUUGGCUAUAGUAUAUCUGCGAGCGAAACGAGAAAAGGAGCUUACUGCUCUGUUGGAACGAAUAAAUCCAGAGAACUUACCAACACAUUCCCACAGCCUUCGAGCAGCAGCUUAUUAUGUGCAGGGUCUUCAGUCCUUCUUCCAGGCCAGGUACAACGAGGCAAAGAGAUAUCUCCGUGAGACACUGAAGAUGGCAAAUGCUGAAGAUUUGAAUCGUUUAACAUCAUGUUCAUUAGUUUUGUUGGGCCACAUAUUUCUUUCUUUGGGAAAUAGUCGCGAAAGUAUGAAUAUGGUUACCCCCGCCAUGCAGCUAGCGAGCAAGAUACCGGAUGUCCAUGUUCAACUCUGGGCUUCAGCUAUCCUGAGAGAUCUGUACAGGCUUUGUGGUGAUCCUGUAAGGGAGAAUGAAGCAUUCCAGAUGCAUUGUAAUUACUCACAGAUGCUUCUGAAGGACCAUUUCCAGUCAUCGCAAUUGCCAGAACAUGUUUUAAUAACGUGGAAAGAGGGAAAUGUUCCUGUGAUUACAGGUAACCCAGCUAGUACAUCAAGUUCGUUACUAGUAUGAAGGUGACAACUAGUUCCAACACUGGUGAUGUGUUGCGUUCAAGACAGUUUGGUUACACCCCAGGAAAACUGAAGAAGAUUUAAUAUCGACUGUUGCCACUGCGAGAAAAAGACGUGUACAGUAACUUCUUGUGUGUACAGUGCAAUCAUAAUGGUUACGGGUGUGUGUGAAUAACAUUGCAAGCAGAUUCCAGAUAACACAAAUAAAAUUAUAGACUGCACAGAGAGGAUUUAUCAAGGGAAUCUCCAUUGUAUUACUGACUGAAGCAUCACAGGAAGUUGAUUAUAUGUGCUGUUGUUGAUAUUUAUAUCUUUCUUCACUUACUGCAUAACGCUUAUUCCUGCCAAGGACAAUGUGAGCAGUAUUAUUAAUUCAUGUUUAAAAUGUGAGCUGUUAAGAAGUACCAUGACAUCUCAGUUUCAGAUUCUUAAAUGUCAGCAUCAUAUCUGUAAUUUCAAAACAUCGAGCCUGCACUGUUGUGUGGCUGUAUACAAAGUGGCCUUAAUUUUUUUAAAGAAAUGAACUAUGCUAGAUAUAAGAACUGACUGGUAUGGUUUGUGUAAAUAUUUCCUAUUUAUAUAAAAAGAUCGGUUAAAGAACUCGUUUUGGAGAUACUCUGGUGAUGUGAGUUUUAUUAUGUCCUACUUAUUUUAAAUCUCUCUCUCUCUCUCUCUCUCUCAUCCCCUCCCUCUCCCCACCUAUUAAAAAUGUUUAUAUGAAGCAAAUGUUCCACAUUGAAACAGUUUUCCUUACUAUGAUGGUUUUCAUAUUUUGCCUUUCUUUUCUGAAAGGCAUCCUCAGUCCCCUGAAAUACAAAUUUAUGUGGAUACUAUUUUGUUUUACAUAUUACACAGUACAUUGAGGUUAAUAAUAGCUCUAGCACUUCCUGAUUUCUUGUUAAAGUAACAAUAGUUGAAAUUUCUACUUACAGGGUUUGUAGAUACAGCUCUGCAGGUGUUGUUCUGCUUUGUGUCAUUCAAAUUUUCAUUUGUACAGCACUAAGAAUAUAAACACUAGUUUACUUGAAUUGUAGAUAGGUGUAUAUAUGAGACUGCCAGUGGAGUAAUGGCAUAAUCUCCGUUUUUGGAGAAAAUAGCUUAGCUUAACAUUGUUAAAAGUGUCCAAGCUGCAACAGGGUCCAUGGAAGCCUGCUGAUAACACAAACGGAUGCUUGUGUGCUUAUCAGUUUGUUGUGUCAUAGAAUGCAAUACUGGCCUAAGUUUUGCAUAGGCUGCUUAUGUAUUGUGUGUGCGGAUGUAGAUGUGUUAAUGAUGCACAUGAUAGAGGCACUAUAAAUGAAGUGACAGAUGUAUGGUUGACCAAGUAUUUGCACCAUACCACACCAUGAGAUAAGUUGGAGGCAGACAAUCUGAGCAGCCGUCUUUCAUUGUGUAGUAGAAUCAUCAGAAGAUCAAAACAAA